AUGGCUCCAAUAAAGAAGCGUACAACAGCCCGCGCAAAGUCUGCGCGAGCAGUGCGUCCGGCAGCUACACUUCCCAAGCCAGAGUCGCUUGAUGAGAGCGCAUUUGCGUCUUCCAAGAAAGACAAGCAGAAAAUCAAGCAUUCCUCCUUCGUCUCCAAAAUUGAAAAGUCCACCACCAAGUCCCAGAAGCGGCGGCGACCGAACAAGAAGCUUGUCGCCAAUCUCGAGUCACUAGCAGAUGCGCUCUCCGGUCUCGAUGACGCAGGCGCCGACGGCAAGGUUGAGACAGGGCAGGCCAAGAUACAGCGCAAGAGCUUGAAGAGCCGACCCGGCGCCAUGAAGCGCAAAGAGAAGCUUGAGAAGAUGGAGAAGGAGAGAUUCAAUCAGAACUUAGUGCAGUUGGCCAGCACCACAUCAGGUGGAGCGACACAGGAUCGAUGGGCGGCGCUGAAGAGCCAUGUGCAAAACAACAUGGAGGUCAAGCCUGAGUUCAACAAGACCCAGAGCGCAACCUGA